AUGGGUUCAAUGGAGAUGGAGACUAGUACAGCAACUGUCAGAGAAGAGGAUGAGAGAAAACCAGAAAUUGAUUUGAAUGAAAACAAGCUAGGAAAUGAUAAUGAAAAGAAUUUUAUGAAGAAGAAGAAAAAGAGCAAGUUUAAUUUUAUUCCCAAGUUGGGUUGUAUGAAAUUGAAUGACGAAUUCCCGGCUGUGGAGGAGAAACCCAACGUUGACGGAAGUUUUGACGUCGAAGCUGGUAGCAAUCAGAAGACUAGCGAGCCGAAUCACCUUAUUGUUAUGGUUAACGGAAUUAUUGGAAGUGCUCAAAAUUGGAGAUAUGCCGCCAAACAAUUUGUCAGGACCUAUCCUAGUGAUGUUGUCGUACACUGCAGUGAAUCUAAUUCUUCAAUGUUGACAUUUGAUGGUGUUGAUGUAAUGGGAACGAGAUUAGCUGACGAGGUGAUUUCUGUUGUAGAUCGCCAUCCAAAUCUUCAAAAGAUUUCUUUUGUAAGUCACUCACUUGGUGGCCUAAUCGCAAGAUAUGCGAUUGCUAGGCUUUAUCGACAAGAUUUUUCAAGAAAACUUGGUGAAGAAAAUGACGAGCGUCAAGGGGAGUCUAACGGAUCAUUUGCAGAAGAGAAAUGUAAAGACAGAAUUGCUGGACUUGAACCUGUGAACUUCAUUACCUUGGCAACACCACACCUUGGAUCAAGGGGGCAUAAACAGGUACCAGUGUUCUGUGGGCUUUACAGCAUGGAGAAAGUAGCAUCACGUGCGUCAUGGAUACUUGGAAGAACUGGGAAACAUCUAUUCUUGACCGAUAGUGAUGACGGAAAAUCUCCUCUUUUGCUUCAGAUGGUCAACGACUCUGAAGAUCUUAAAUUUAUAUCCGCUUUGCACUCAUUCAAGCGACGUGUGGCCUAUGCGAAUGCACGUUUUGACCAUCUUGUUGGAUGGAGUUCAUCGUCACUGCGUAGAAGGAAUGAGCUACCGAAGAGACGAAAUCUUCAAAAACAUGCUAAAUACCCACACAUUUUAUAUGAAGUGGCUUCAAAAACUGACAAACCUCAAGUUCAUUUGGAAGCCAAAAUUGUUAGAGGCAAGACCAAUGAAAUGGAAGAGGAAAUGAUCAGAGGUUUAAUGAGAUUGAGCUGGGAACGUAUUGAUGUCAACUUCAGUGGAACUAUACAAAGAUUUCUUGCACAUAAUACUAUUCAGGUAAAAACGUACUGCAUAAAUUCUGCUGGAGCCAAUAUAAUACAACAUAUGAUCGACAAUUUUGUAUUAUAG